AUGACCAAGACUGUUGAUGAAGCUAAGGUUCUUAUUGAGAAUCUUGCAGCUAGUGAUUGUAACAACUGUCCUGAUUAUGACCGCUCAAGCCGCACCACUACUAGCUCCCCUGAUUCUUUUCAAAUGACUGAACUCAAGAACAUGAUGGCUCAAGUUCUUAAGGGACAGCUCAAGCAUAUCAAUGCAAUAGAAGGGAUGAGUGAUGCUAAUGAAGACCCAUCAAGAGAAUGCAUGGGAGAUUUCUCUAAUGAAGCCAAUGAAGAAGAUGUGAACUACAUUGGAAACUAUGGGAACAAGGGAUACAAUCCAAGCUAUCGCCCAAACCCCAACAUGUCUUAUAGAAACCCCAAUGUGGAGAAUCCUCAAGACCAAGUGUAUCCUCCAAGGUAUCCACAACAACAAAGACCUCCUUACCAAUCUCAAGGAAGUCAAUUUCAGCCAAGGCAAGGAUAUGAGCAGAGAUCAUCAUAUCCGCCCAAGGAGCCAUAUGCUUCUUCACCAAAUCAAGCUCCUCCAAACCAACAAGGUGGAAGAUUUGAAGGAAUCCUCCAACAGAUCAUGGAUGGCCAGAAGAGAAUACUAAAGAGAUGUAUGAGAAGAUGGACACUUUGUUCAGCAAUCUCAACACCAAGUAUGAUGCUGUUGCCACUCAUGUGA